CCUGGGAUAGGGAUGUCGACUUCUCAGAGAAUCCUCCUAUCAUUUUCGAUGAAUCUUCGAGAUAGUCCGGCCGGUUCUGGAGGAUAACUACAGGAUGGUCAGGGUGACGGCGGGCAGUAAGCUGAUACUAGAUUGCCCGGGGACUAAUAUCACCAGCCUGGCGGUGACGACGGUGGAGGCCACCUGUGAUGGAGGUCGCAACCUCUGGAUCGACGACAAGACGUGGGAGAUGAAGGACCGGGGCUGCACUGCAGAGGCUGCCGCAACCAUUCGUUGGAACACAGGAUCCUGCGGCUCUGAAGACAUCGGCGUGAUCCACAUCAUCGGUUUCGAAAUUCUCGGAAUUCUCGGCCCGGAGAGCUUCUACGAGCUGAUACGAGUGUGUUUCGACCCAACGAGCGAAACGACGCUGUACUCACAGAACGUGAUCAAAAAGGGGGAAACAUUUGCCGCCCAAAGGGCGUGGAUCCCAACCGCCCGACUUCAAGACCUCCUCAGGUUUCUUUACCGUGGGCCAUGA